AUGCCCAAUACGGGCAAGCCAAGUCGAGACUGUCACCUUUGUCGCCGGCGCCGGGUCAAGUGUGAUCUGGGACGUCCCUCCUGCCAACGAUGCAUCAAGUAUGGCACCGAGUGUCCAGGCUACAGAAACGAACAGGAUGUUGUUUUCCGGAAUGAGACCUCACACACCAUUCGACGAGCGAAAAAUUCUGCGUCGCAGAAUUCUAGCUCCGAGUCUCCGGAAGCUGGUGGACCAAUUUCUUCAGCAGUCAUGAUAUUGCAUGACAAUUCCUCCUCGGCCUCAACGCCCACGGCCUCUUCUACAGCCCCGUUUGCCCAGAGCCCUUCAGCAAUGUCUAGCGCGGCCUUUGCGUUGACUCCGACCCUACACGCGCGAGAGCUCAGAGAACCCUGGAGAACGCAUUCCAUCCCUCUACUAAUCAACUGCUAUGCACCUGUUGCAUUCUUCUCGGCCAUAUUCGAGAAGCUUACUUCGCCAAAUGAGCCGUUGAUCAUGGCCACACAUCUCUGGGCUCGAGCAUAUCUUGGCAGUUGCUUCUAUGCACCCCAAGACCGCCGGGAGACUGCUUUGCAUCUGGGAAACACGCUCAGGUCGGUAGCGCUGGCAAUUCAAGACCGCGACAAGGGCACGUCAGACGGCACUAUCCUUGCCGUGUGGAUCCUUGGCAUGUACGAGCUUCAAAUAGGCGGCAUCUCGGGCCAAAGCUCGCGGAAGUCUGCCUGGCACGUACACUUAGAAGGUCUCUUGAGUCUCUUGCGGGCUCGCGGCAAGGCACAGUUCUAUACCCCCUUCGGCCGCUACAUAUUCUGGUGUGUAUUUAUGACGCUGGAGUGCCUUCGCUGGAUGGCCCAGGCCGCGCCGGAAGAGCUGGCGCCUUCGUCACACACCCACUUCUUCUGGAAUAUUUGGAGAAGUGCCCGACUGAAACUCCACAACCUCUUCUUCAUGCUGACAAACCUCGUGCUACACACUCCCGCGAAUCGAAUCUCACAAACGGCGGAAGUAUUCGACAGCUUCAUGCUGGAAGCGACCAAAGACAGAUGCCUUGCCAUAGUCGCCACGGCUGCCCAGGAAACAAUCGACUCGAUACCUGUCUCUCUUGGUGGUAGGUCUCCGGAAUUUGCGACAGCGACCUACGCGUCAUGGUUUGAGGGCAUGUCGCAGAUCUCACCACUGAGCCACGUGUACACGACACGAACUGUGCCAAAACACUUGCGGAACACGGCGCGACUCGCUCUGUUAGCGAUCGGCAAAGAGAGAGGUAUCCUCCAAGCGUUCAAGACGCGGCCUGGUGCCGUGCAGUAUGCCGCGGAGGCUACUGUGGGUAUCUCGCUCGAUGACACGAUGGAGAACGUUACUGAAGUCAGCUGA